UAUCCGCGUUCCUCAACUCUUUCCACGGGCUGCGGGAGUGUGAGGCUGCCGCUGUGGAUCGUGGAUCAGAGGAAAGACAUGUAUCAGUUAUGCGCCACAGGAGCCAGAGAUCCACUCAGUAACGAGGCCGGUAAACUGUCAUGAUUCCCAUCACUGAGUUGCGAUACUUUGCUGAUACACAGCCGGCGUAUCGGAUUCUGAAACCAUGGUGGGACGUGUUCACAGACUACAUCUCCAUCGUCAUGCUGAUGAUCGCGGUGUUCGGUGGCACGCUGCAGGUCACGCAGGACAAAAUGAUUUGCCUGCCGUGCAAAUGGGUCGUCAACCAGACCUGCGAACAACUCAACGUCAGCGUGCCGCUCAAUGCCGAGCCCAAGGGCAUCCAGUACGACCUCGACAGACACCAGUACAACUACGUGGACGCCGUGUGUUACGAGAACAAGCUGCACUGGUUCGCAAAGUACUUCCCGUAUCUGGUGGAGCAUUUCGUGUCGAUCCUGCUGAAGUGUUUCGACUCGCCGUGGACGACGCGGGCGCUUUCUGAGACGGUGGUGGAGGAGAGCGACCCGAAGCCGGCGGGGAAGAUGAACGGCUCGAUGGAUAAGAAAAUCUCCAGCGUCAGCGACCAGGAUGUGGAGGCAAGCGUUCCCAUGCUGCAGAGGACCAAGUCCCGCAUCGAGCAGGGCAUCGUGGACCGUUCAGAGACGGGCGUCCUGGAUAAGAAGGAAGGAGAGCAGGCCAAAGCGCUGUUUGAGAAGGUGAAGAAGUUCCGUAUCCACGUGGAGGAGGGCGACAUCGUUCACCGUCUUUACAUCCGCCAAAUCAUCAUCAAAGUCAUCCAGUUCCUCAUCAUCAUCUGCUACACCAUGUACUACGUCCACCACAUCAAGUUCAGCGUGCCGUGCACCGUGGACAUCGAGCGGCUGACCGGUUAUCGCACGUACCACUGCGCCCAUCCUCUGGCCACGCUCUUUAAGAUCCUGGCCUGCUUCUACAUCAGCCUGGUGGUGGUUUACGGUCUCAUCUGCAUGUACACGCUGUACUGGAUCAUCAGCCGCUCGCUAAAGCGCUACUCCUUCGAGUACAUCCGCGAGGAGAGCAGCUACAGCGACAUCCCCGACGUCAAGAACGACUUCGCCUUCAUGCUGCACAUGAUCGAUCAGUACGACCCGCUGUACUCCAAGCGCUUCGCCGUCUUCCUGUCAGAGGUCAGCGAGAACAAACUGCGACAGUUGAACCUGAAUAACGAAUGGACUCUGGAGAAACUCAGACAGAGGAUAACCAAAAACUCGCAGGAGAAGCUGGAGCUGCACCUCUUCAUGCUGAGCGGCAUCCCGGACACAGUGUUUGACCUGGUCGAGCUGGAGGUGCUGAAAUUGGAGCUGAUCCCUGAUGUUACGAUCCCGCCCAUAAUCGCACAGCUGUGUAACCUGAGGGAGAUGUGGCUUUACCACACGCCGGCCAAAAUCGAGGCUCCUGCUCUGGCCUUCCUCCGUGAGAACCUCAAAUCACUACACAUAAAGUUCACAGACAUUAAGGAGAUCCCACUGUGGAUCUACAGCCUCAAGAACCUCAGCGAGCUUCAUCUGACCGGAAUCCUCAGCGCGGAUAACAACCGAUUCAUCGUCAUCGACGGCCUGCGGGAGCUCAAGAGGCUCAAGGUCCUGCGGCUGAAGAGCAACCUCACUAAACUGCCUCAGGUGGUGACGGAAGUUGGCGUUCACUUGCAGAAGCUCUCCAUCAAUAACGAAGGGACCAAACUGAUGGUUCUGAACAGUCUGAAGAAGAUGGUGAACCUGACGGAGCUGGAGCUGCUGCGCUGUGAUCUAGAGCGGAUCCCGCACUCCAUAUUCAGCCUGCACAAUCUACAGGAGAUCGAUCUGAAAGACAACAACUUGAAGACCAUCGAGGAGAUCAUCAGCUUCCAGCAUCUCCACAGACUGGUGUGCCUCAAGCUCUGGUACAACCAGAUCGCCUACAUCCCCAUCCAGAUCGGCACCCUCACCAACCUGGAGCGCCUCUACCUGAACAGGAACAAGAUCGAGAAGAUUCCUGCCCAGCUCUUCUUCUGCAGGAAGCUGCGUUACCUGGACCUCAGCCACAACAACCUGACCAGCAUCCCUGCAGACAUCGGCUUCCUGCAGAACCUGCAGUACUUUGCGGUGACAGCCAACAGAAUCGAGGCGCUGCCACCCGAGUUGUUCCAGUGUAAGAAGCUGCGGACGCUGAAUCUGGGAAAUAACUGCCUUACGGUGCUGCCGUCACGUUUCGGAGAGUUAACCGGCCUCAUGCAGCUGGAGCUCCGCGGAAACCGGCUGGAGGGAUUACCGGUGGAGCUCUCCGAAUGCCGCCUUCUCAAGCGCUCCGGGCUGAUCGUAGAAGAGGACCUCUUCAACACCCUGCCGCCAGAGGUCAAGGAGCAGCUGUGGAGAACCGAUAAAGAACAAGCCUGAGCGAGACAGAGGAACUCUUAAAGGCAUAGUCCACCCAAAAAUUAACAUUUGCUGAAAAUCUACUCCCCCUCAGGCCAUCCAAGAUGUAG